AUGUUACCAACUGACACGAUGUCAACUACCCCAUCUCCCAAGAAGAAGUCUGGGCUAUUGGGUGAUUUCACAGCCGGUGAAAUAAAGCUCAUUAUGGCCAGUGUCCUGUGUAUGGGUGGAAAGCUUGACACCGAAAAGCUCGGAAAGCUGAGCAAUAUGAAGAAAAAAUCAGCAGCCAGCAGAUUUCCAUCUAUCAAGCGCAAGCUGGAAAAGAUGUUCGAGGAUGAACUGGACAACCUAGACAACGACCAAACCAACUCGAAUGCCAAGGGCAAGUCUGCAGGCAACAGCUGCGCAAAGAAGCGCCGUGACAAAGUUGUUGACCCGCAGCCCGAGCCCGAACAUGAUAUCAAGACCAAGGCUGAAUCUGAAGAGGAUACCAAAGAUACUGUGAAGGUUGAGAUUGUGGUUGAAUCUGGCGAGAGCACCGACAGUCUGGUGAAGGUCAAGGCCGAUGCCGAUAUCAAAAUCAAGCCGGAGCCUAUCGACUAA